AUGAGGGGAAAUCAACUGCCCAAUCCAGUCUUGAUUCUACUUUUCCUGCUCCUUCCCAGAGAUGCUUCAGCUACUGGAAAACCGCAGUACAUAGUGCUGGUCCCGUCACAGCUCUACGUUGGAGUACCUGAAAAGGCCUGUGUCUUCCUAAAUCACCUGAAUGAGACGGUGACACUGAUCAUAACCCUAGAAUAUGGACUGCAGAGCCGGAACCUCCUCACAGACGUGGUGGCAAAGAGGAACGCUUUCUACUGCAAACCCUUCAUUAUUCCAGAGUUGCCAUCUUCCUCGGCCUUCAUUGCUGUACAGGUAAAUGGGCCAACUCUGCAUUUCAUAAAGAGAAAACCAAUGUAUAUAACCAAUGUAGAGAACCCGGUCUUUGUCCAGACAGACAAACCCAUGUACAAAGCAGGACAAACAGUGAGAUUCCGCGUUGUCUCUGUGGACAUCAAUUUCCACCCUUUGAAUGAAACGUUCCCGGUAGUUUAUAUUGAGAAUCCCAAGAAGAACCGGAUUUUCCAAUGGCAAAGUCUCAAAUUGCAAGGGGGAUUCAGCCAGCUCUCAUUCCCACUCUCAGUGGAGCCCAUUCUGGGUCAUUACAAGAUUGUGGUGCAAAAAAAGUCAGGGAAAAAAAUCGAGCACUCCUUUGAGGUGAACGAAUAUGUUUUGCCCAAAUUUGAAGUCCAAGUAAAAAUGCCCAAGGCUAUUGGUUUUCUUGAUGAAGAAUUUGUGGUAUCCGUCUGUGGCUUAUACACAUAUGGAAAGCCUGUCCCUGGCCUGGUGACAAUUAAUGUGUGCAGAAAAUAUUCACGAUACUAUUCUGCCUGCCACGGCAAAUAUUCACAAAAUAUCUGUGAUGAAUUCAGUCAACAGGCAGACAAUAACGGAUGUUUCACACAAGUCAUUAAGACUAGCAUGUUUCAGCUGAGACAAAGAGGGUAUGACAUGUCAAUACAAGUGGAAGCCAAGGUCAAAGAGGAGGGGACAGGGUUGGAAUUAACUGGACGUGGAUCAAGUUCUAUCACAAAUACCUUAAGCAAAGUGCGAUUUACUAAAGUAGACUCACAUUACAGACGUGGACUCCCUUUUUUUGGGCAGGUUCUUUUAGUUGAUGGGAGGAAUCAGCCAAUGUCCAACAAAACUUUAGUUAUCAGUGUGGGUGCUGUAUACAAUUCCCGUGUUACUACCAAUGAGCAUGGUUUAGCAGACAUUUCCAUCGACACCACCAACCUUAUAUCUUCUCUCAUUGCAGUUACAGCCACUUACAAGCAUAAUCACUUCUGCCAUGAUAACUGGUGGCUUGAUGAAUUUCAUACAGAAGCAUAUCACAGUGCAAAGCACAUUUUUUCCCCAAGUAAGAGUUAUGUUCACCUCAAACCUAUUGUUGGUACUGUGACCUGUGGGCAAACCCAGGAGAUCCAAGCACACUAUAUCCUGAAUGAGCAGAUUCUGAAGAAUGAAAAGGAAUUAACCUUCUAUUAUUUGGUCAAAGCAAGAGGAAGCAUUUCCCAAUCAGGAAUCUACGUGUUGUCCCUUGAACAAGGAAACAUGAAAGGGGUAUUUUCCUUCUCCCUUCAAGUGGAAUCAGACUUCGCUCCUACAGCUCAGUUGUUUGUUUAUACUGUUUUACCUGAUGGAGAAAUUGUCGCAGAUACUGACAAACUCAAGAUUGAAAACUGUUUUGCCAACAAGGUACAUUUGAGGUUCUCCUCAGCCCAGAGUCUGCCAGCCUCAGACAACCACCUGCAAGUCACAGCCUCUCCUCUCUCCCUCUGUGCCCUCCGUGCAGUAGACCAGAGUGUCCUUCUAAUGAAGCCUGAAGCCGAGCUGUCGCCUCAGUCAGUCUAUAAAUUGCUACCAGUAAAGACCCUCCCGAGUAUUCGAUAUGGAGGUCAGAUGAAUGAAGAUGGCGAAAAAUGCAUCAGUGUAGACGACAUCACUCACAAUGGCCUUGUCUAUGCGCCAAAGCACAACCUGGAUGAUGACGAUGCUGCCAGUAUCUUUGAGUCUGCAGAAUUAAAUAUUUUUACCAACUCAAAAAUUCAUAAGCCAUUUUUUUGUCCUCUGCCUCAACCAUAUCCAGAAGUGCCUGUAGCCUUUGCAGGAGCAGCUUCUACUCCAAAGGGAAAUUUUCGAGGACCACCUACUCCACCUAUAGGUCUCCCAAUGAGGGUCAGCGAAAACCUUCCAAAAAUUGUGCAAGUUAAAGAGACAGUCCGGAAGUAUUUCCCUGAGACCUGGAUCUGGGAUUUGGUGGUAGUCAAUUCAUCAGGUGGAAGUGAGCUGGCGAUGAAGGUCCCGGACACCAUCACGGAGUGGAAAGCCAGUGCAUUCUGCUUGUCUGAAACCACAGGACUUGGCCUCUCUCCCAUCGCGUCUCUUCGAGUCUUCCAGCCCUUCUUCCUAGAACUCACUCUCCCCUAUUCUGUGGUGCGAGGAGAAGUCUUCACACUCAAAGCCACUGUGUUCAACUACUUGUCCCACUGCAUUCGGGUCAGUGUGCAGCUGGAGGACUCUUCUGCUUUCCGGGCUGUCCCAGCAGAGAAGAAUGAAGAAUCUCACUGUGUCUGUGGAAAUGGGAGGAAAACCGUGUCCUGGGCUGUAACUCCAAUGUCACUGGGAAAAGUGAAUUUCACUGCUACUGCAGAUGCCAUGCAGUCUCAGGAGUUGUGUGACAAUGAGAUGCCUCAAGCCCCAACACUUGGACAGAAGGACACUGUAAUCAAGCCCUUACUAGUUGAGCCUGAAGGAAUAGAAAAGGAGAAAACUUUCAACACACUGCUCUGUGCAUCAGAUACCGGAACACCUGAAAAGUUGUCACUGAAUGUCCCUUCAAAUGUGGUUGAAGGAUCUGUCAGGGCAACAUAUUCUGUUUUAGGGGAUAUACUAGGCUCUGUAGUGCAAAACCUUCAGAAUCUUCUCCGGAUGCCCUAUGGUUGUGGAGAGCAGAAUAUGAUCCUUUUUGUUCCUAAUAUCUAUGUUCUCAACUAUCUGAAUGAGACACGACAGCUGACAGAGAAGAUCAAGGCCAAGGCCAUCAGCCAUCUCGUCAGUGGAUACCAAAGGCAGUUGAAUUAUAAGCACAGCGAUGGCUCAUACAGCACCUUUGGGAAUCGUGAUGGUAAAACUCAGGGAAACACUUGGUUGACUGCAUUUGUGCUCAAGUCCUUUGCUCAAGCCCAGUUGCACAUCUUUGUGGAGGACUCACACAUCAUGAAUGCCCUCUCCUGGCUCUCACAGAAGCAAAAGGAAAAUGGCUGUUUCCAACGCUCUGGAUCACUGCUGCACAAGGCCAUGAAGGGCGGAGUGGACGAUGAGGUGACACUCUCUGCCUACAUUACCAUUGCUCUGCUGGAGAUGCCACUGCCUGCGACUCACACAGUUGUCCGGAAUGCUCUAUUCUGCCUGGAAACGGCCUGGAACUCCACAUCAGAGGCCCAAGAAAAUCUUGUCUAUACCAAGGCAUUAUUGGCCUAUGCCUUUGCCUUAGCAGGUAACCAGGCCAAGCGAAGAGAGCUGCUUGAAUCAUUAGACAAAGAGGCUGUGAAAGAAGAGGAUUCAAUCCACUGGCAACGUCCUGGGAAACAUCAAGAAGCUAACACAUUACAUUAUCAACCCCGGGCUCCCUCUGUGGAAGUGGAGAUGACAUCUUAUGUGCUCCUUGCCUAUCUUACCAUGCUGCCUGCCCCAUCUCCAGAAGACCUGUCUGUGGCAUCACGUAUUGUGAAGUGGAUUACCAAGCAGCAAAACCCCAAUGGAGGCUUCUCCUCCACUCAGGAUACAGUGGUAGCUCUUCAAGCCCUCUCCAAAUAUGGGGCAGCAACUUUCACUAAAAUUGAGAAAGAAGCUUUGGUCACCGUUAAAUCUUCAGACACCUUCUCUGAAAAAUUCCACGUAGUUGAUUCCAACCGCCUAUUGCUGCAAGAGGUCAGGUUGCCAAAGAUUCCAGGGGAGUACAGCACAACAGUGUCAGGGUCAGGAUGCGUGUACCUCCAGACAUCUCUGAGAUAUAACAUACUUCCCAAGAAAGAAGAGAAAGCACCCUUUGCUCUGCAUGUUGAUACUCUCCCCCAAAAUUGUGAUGGAAUAGAUGCUCACAGAAAAUUCCAGAUUCGCAUCAACAUUAGUUACACUGGGGACCAACCCAGCUCCAACAUGGUCAUUGUUGAUGUGAAGAUGAUAUCAGGUUUCAUACCUGUGAAACCAUCAGUGAAAAAGCUCCAAGAACAGCCUCAGAUUCAGAGGACCGAAGUGAGCACCAACCAUGUUCUAGUUUACUUUGAAAAGCUAACCAGACAACCCCUGAAUUUCUCCUUCCUGGUGGAACAAGACAUCCAAGUCAAGAACUUAAAACCAGCUACAGUGAAAGCCUAUGAUUACUAUGAGACAGAUGAAUUCACCAUUGAAGAAUACAGUGCCCCUUGCAGUGCUGAAAUGCCUCAAAACGUGUCAGAAUUUAGCACAACCUAUCAGAAUUUAGCACAAAGACUGUCAGAUUUUAGCCUUGAGAAUAAUGAGGCAAUCACUGAGAGCAAUGACCCUUUUAGGGAAUCUGUGCUCAACUCUGAACUCUACUCUGAGGCGGAGGCGUUGGUGUAA